UGGGGAAGUGCUGUGUCUUGAAAUAAGGGACAGUUGUGUGAGUUUUUCACCACUGCACAGCUCCACGGUGAAGAUUCCAUGGAUGUUCCACUAGAUAUGUGCUCAUUUGGCUACAAGGUCGUUAGUAAAGUCAGGUGCUGAUGUUGGGUGAGGAGGUUUGCGUUUCCAAAUCAUCCCAAGGAUCUUCAAUAGCUCUAUAGCAGGCCUCUCAAGAUCUUUCACCUCAACCUAUAUCUUCAUAGAGCUGGAUUUGUGCACAGAUCAUGAAGCUAUUUGGCUCUUCAUCAAGUGGUACCACAGCACUGUUAGCAGUGCUCAUGCUAGCUUCAAUGAAAGGGGCCGAAUGUGCACCAGACCCCCACCAGAGAGAGCUUCUGCUCCAGGAGGAAGCCUCCAGAGUGAUCGGUGGCAGAGUGGAGCUCAGCGCAGCAGAGCGUCGACUUGACUCGUACUUGCACAAACUGAAGGAGCAGGAGAUUAUGUCUCCGGGUUUCCCUCCAUCUCUGCACUUCUUCAAAGCAAAACCCUACAUCCAAAAAAGUCUGGUGUUCAAAGUGCUGCAGAAAAUGCCAAAAGGUGCCGUCCUACACAUCCACAAAUCUGCUCUGGUGAGCGUCGACUGGCUCGUCAAGAACGCAACAUAUCGGCCUCACUGCUAUGUCUGUUUCACGUGGAAGGGCCGCGUGAAGUUCACGUUCUCUCCCCGGCAGCCGUUCCCACGUUUGGGUUGCUCCGGAUGGAUCCUGUUGGAGGACCUGAGGGCCACCAUUAGCGAUGUACCUGCUUUUGACCAGAGUUUGAUGCAGAACCUCACGCUGUUCACAGAGAACCCCGAGCUGGCAUACCCGACCCAGGACGAAGUGUGGAACCAGUUCGAGCAAAUAUUUGAGGCGAUCUCUGGGCUGAUCAACUACGCACCGGUUUUCAAAGAUUACCUCUACCAAGGCCUCCUGCAACUUUACGACGACAAUAUUCUGUAUUUGGAGCUUAGGGCUGGCUUGUCUAAGAUCUAUGAACUUGACGGCACAGUUCAUGACAGAGAGUGGUCUAUUCAAACCUACAAAAAUGUAAGCGAGCAGUUCAAGCUGGAGCAUCCAGAUUUCAUCGGGAUUCGAAUAAUUGUGUCUGUAUUUCGACUAACGAACUUAUCGGCGGUCAAACAAGCGGUCCAAGAUACCAUAGAGAUUCAAAAACGCUAUCCGGAGAUCAUCGCCGGCUUUGAUCUGGUCGGCCGUGAGGAUGGAGGAAAUUCCAUCUGGUAUUUUCGAAGUGCUCUUCCAGUUCCCACUGGCAACCUUUCGUACUUUUUCCAUGCAGGCGAAACCGACUUAUACGGCACAGAUGUAGACAGGAACAUUCUGGAUGCUCUGUUAUACAACACAACGCGUAUCGGGCAUGGGUUUGCCCUGGCGCACCAUCCCCUGGCCAGGGAGCUCUCCAGAAAAAUGGGAGUGCCAGUGGAAGUAUGUCCUAUAUCCAACCAGGUGCUGAAGCUGGUCUCAGACCUGCGUAAUCACCCCGCCGCAGUGUUAAUGGCAGAAGGACAUCCCAUGGUAGUGAGCUCUGAUGACCCAACCCUGUUCGGUACUAGUGGACUCGCCUACGAUUUCUACGAAGUCUUUGUAGGAAUCGGAGGCCUGAGUGCCGGCGUAGGAACGCUCAAGGAGCUGGCAAUAAAUUCAAUCAGGUACAGCUCUUUGCCACCAGGGCUUAAGGACAAAGCCAUGGCUUUGUGGCAGCAACAGUGGACCAAGUUCAUAUUGGAGAAUUCGCCAUAGUCAAAAGAAAAAAAUUACAUAAACAAUGAAUGAAUAAAAUGCAAAAACCGUUCCAGA